AUGGAGGGCAUUGAUUGGAUUGCUUCAGGCAUCGGGGAACCAAUGUUGACUAGCAAGCCUUGGUUAGAUCCAACAUCUAUUGGAGAAGCAAAAAUCUUAGUUGAGGUAAAGCUAGACAGGCUGUUCCCUAAGCGUGUGGCUUUACAGGACAAAGAAGGAACCAUAAGUUUGGUUGACAUCGUUUACUCUUGGCUUCCCUCUAGCUGCACAACUUGUGGACAGUUGGGACAUAAAGCUAAUCGUUUCUUAGGAGUGAAAUCAACAAAGGUUGCAACUAAUGCUCCAAAGAACACCCAAGUUAUUGUCUCAGAAGUCUUAGCUACAAGUAAAGAGGUUGAUGCCACUUCUACUCAUUCAGCUUUGCUUCAAAAUACUGCAUCAAUGGUUCUUAUUCCUACUUUCUCCACUGCUACUACUACCUACCUUGCACUUCCACCUUCGUUGGCAAUAGAGCAAAGUCCACCUAAGGUUACAUCUGAGGCCGAUACCAACCAACUGGCGGACAUCACAUUUGCUCAACUUGACCUUCAUUCAGUUACUGCUCUUACAAACACUAAGACAUCAACUGAGACUGCUACUUUCCCUCCUUCUGGUGAUGAACAAGACUUAAAUAAAUCUCCAACCACUCCUAAGCAAGGUACUGAGUCUGCUACUCUUAUUGAUGAAGAUAACAACAUGUGCUUAGUGUUGUCUUCGGUAAACACAACUGAUCCAAGAUGUGAUAGAAACAAAUUGGAUGUUACUGCGGGUUUAGAAGUGUCGGAUCCGACAAAUGAGAUUGACUCGUCUAAGGAAGCGGCUGAGAUUGCCUCUGUCAACGACAUUGUCUCUGUCUCAUCCUCCCAUGCUGUAAACUUACCUCUGGAUAAAGUAUUUGCUUCCUCUCCACCAAUUUUUGUAACAGGACCUGGUACAGCCAGUGCUUCUUUUACUUCAGAUGACGACUUGAUCCAUAGAACUCGGGGAGGUAGACUCAUUAAACCAUCUCUUAAAGGUACAAAGUUUGAAUGGACAUUGGUGGGAGGAAGAGGUAAACGGGGACAUGGUCGUGGUCCUAAACAUUAG